UGCCAGCUCUGCCACCAUUACUUCUUUGCACAAAACCCCAACACCCCUUCCCCCCUCUCUCUCUCUCUAGAUCACCAGUUUGCAUUCUUUCUCUCUCUAAACCUCAAAAAGUUUCAAUUUUUCAGCAAAUGGACUCUUCAGAUGAUGAGGGUGAGGAGUAUCUUUUCAAGAUUGUAAUCAUUGGUGAUUCUGCAGUAGGUAAAUCUAAUUUGCUUACACGUUAUGCAAGAAAUGAGUUUAAUUUGCAUUCAAAAGCAACUAUUGGAGUUGAGUUUCAGACCCAAACUCUUGAAAUUGAUGGAAAAGAAGUUAAAGCUCAGAUUUGGGAUACUGCUGGACAAGAAAGGUUUAGAGCUGUGACUUCUGCUUAUUAUCGUGGUGCUUUUGGUGCUCUUGUUGUUUAUGAUAUUUCAAGAAGGACAACUUUUGAUAGUAUCCCUCGUUGGCUUGAUGAACUCAAAACUCAUUCGGAUACAACGGUUGCAAGGAUACUGGUGGGAAACAAAUGUGACUUGGAGAAUAUAAGAGCUGUGAGCGUAGAAGAAGGCAAAAGCCUGGCAGAAUCAGAAGGGAUGUUCUUCAUGGAGACAUCUGCCCUCGAUUCAACAAACGUGAACAAGGCUUUCGAGAUUGUGAUUCGAGAGAUCUAUAAUAGUGUUAGCAGAAAGGUUUUGAAUUCCGAUUCUUAUAAAGCCGAAUUAUCUGUCAACAGAGUCAACCUGGUCAACGAUGGUACCGAUGGAUCGAAACAAAAGCAGGGCUACUCUUGUUGUUCUAGGUGAUUAAUGUUAUGUUUCUUGAUUCCCCUUAAGUUUUACAAGAAUGGUUCAUUAAAUUAUUUUUGCUGGUCAUACUGUUUAUUGAUUUGUUAAUGGAUAAAGUACUUUUGUAAUGGUCAGGAACUUAAUAUUUAUAUUCUAUAUGGCAGCUGAAAUGAUAAAUGUUUAUUUUCCCCAAUGCAAA